GUUUCUCGCUUGUGUUUUUCAGAAAAAGUGAUCAACAAUAACAUGAGAAUAGUGGUGGAUUCUGAAUCGCGGAAAAGAAAUCUUGGGCAAGUAGAAUCAGGAAUACCUCUGAAGAAACAGUGGUUCGAUAAAUCAUCUUUCAACAGAGCGAACAAUCCUGGUUUCCAGAAAAAAGUUCCGUUUACAAAUGAAAACACUAAACUUGAGUUAAGAAGAAUACCUCCGGAAUUAAAUAACAUCAGCAAACUAAAUGAGCAUUUCAGUAAAUUUGGUACCUUGGUUAACUUGCAGGUUGCUUAUGCUGGUGAUCCAGAAGGUGCACUUAUCCAGUUUGCAACGCACGCGGAAGCUAAAAAAGCAAUAUCUAGUACUGAAGCUGUUCUAAAUAAUCGUUUUAUCAAGAUGUAUUGGCAUCGUGCUGGUUCAUCUCUUCACACACAGGCACCACAAUCUCCAAAGGUUGGUCAGCUUACAGCUCAGCCACCAAAUGUAUCUCUUAUAAAACAAUCUGUAAAAGAACGUCUUGGUCCAGUACCCUCAAGUAACAUUGAACCAGCAGAGGCCCAAAGUGCUAACACAGAAAAAUUGCAGAAUGUGACCAAAGUAUCCAUAAAAGAGAGAUUGGGAUAUAUCACACAACACAAUGCUACAGCAACUGAAAAGGUGCUGUCCACUUCAACAGGUCUUACAAAAACAGUUUAUAAUCCAGCAGCAUUGAAGGCUUUGCAUAAAUCUCUACAGUAUCCUAAUGCAAUUGAAAUCACUGAAGCUCACAAGAAAAAACAGGAAGCUCUAAAACUUCAGCAAGAUGUAAGGAAGAAAAAACAAGAGAUUUUAGAGAAGCACAUAGAAACACAAAAGAUCCUUAUAUCAAAACUGGAGAAAAAUAAAACCAUUAAGUCUGAGGACAAAGCAGAAAUUUUGAAAACUUUGGAGACGUUGACCAACAGCAUUACAAAAUUAAGGGAUGAACUUAAAGCCGUGUCCACUGGAGGAAAUACUAUAAAAAACAACAAAAGCAGGGACCAGAUGCAAAAAGAACUUCUUGACACAGAGCUGGACUUGCAUAAGAAAAUUCAGGCUGGAGAAGAUGUAGCUGAAUUAAGAAAAAAAUAUACCGAGCUGCAACUUGAA